UUAGCAUUUCAGCAUCUGGAUGGCUACUUUUUGAUAAAAAACACAUUCAUUUUCUGGCAAACAAUUUAUACGUAGUUCCUAUAUGACUUUUGGAGGAGGCUACGAGUAAGUAGAUAAACGAAAAGGAGAAAGAGGUGGCAAGGAAUAUCAGAGAAGAAGCAAUGAAGAAAGAAGAGCUGAUUUUUGUUCCAGGCCCCGGUAUCGGUCACUUAGCAUCAGGCCUUGAAUUAGCAAAGCGCCUGCUCGACCAUGAUGAUCGAUUAUCAAUCACAACACUUGUUAUGAACAUGCCCUUUACUCCAUCUAUUAAUUCAUACACCAGAUCACUCACUGCAUCACAACCCCGCAUCAAACUCGUUGAUCUUCCCGAAGUGGAUCCUCCCCCAUUAGAGCUUUUAACGAAAUCCCCAGAAGCUUAUAUCUGUGAUUUCAUUGAAAGUUACAUACCCCAUGUCAAAACUACUGUCACAGAUAUUAUAUCAUCCCUGUCUAACUCGGAUGUCCGAGUUGCCGGGUUUAUUCUUGAUUUCUUUUGCGUGUCCAUGAUUGACGUUGCAAAUGAAUUCAGUCUCCCUCCUUAUAUCUUCAUAACCUCCAAUGCAGGAUUCUUGGGUCUUAUGCUAAACCUACUCAAACGCCAUGAUGAAAUCAGCGAGGCGAUGCAAAUGUUUGAUCCUGAUUCGUUAAUACCAGGUUUUUUCAAUCCUGUUCCAGCACGAGUCUUGCCUGAUGCUGUAUUUAAUAAACAUGGUGGUUAUGCUGCUUAUGUUAAGGUUGCUCAAAGGUUCAAGGAUGGAAAAGGUAUAAUCGUGAACACAUUUGCUGAGCUGGAGCCUUUUGUGCUUAGGUCCUUCUCUGAUGAUCACCGAAUCCCUCCAGUUUACCCUGUUGGGCCAGUGCUACACCUAAAGGGUCAGCCUCACCCUGAAAUAAACCAGGAUCAGUUGGACAAAAUCAUGAAAUGGCUUGAUGAACAGCCUCAAUCAUCUGUGGUGUUUCUAUGCUUCGGAAACUUUGGGAGCUUUAGCCCCCCACAAGUGAAAGAAAUAGCACUUGGCAUCGAGCAAAGUGGGUUCAAAUUCUUGUGGUCCAUGCGUUUUCCACGCUCUCCGUCUAAUCAGUUCAUGAAUCCUGAAGAUGUGUUACCAGAAGGAUUCUUGGAACGCAUAGAAGGACGAGGAAUUAUGUGUGGAUGGGCACCGCAGGUUGAAGUCCUAGCUCACAAGGCAAUAGGAGGGUUCGUGUCUCAUUGUGGGUGGAACUCCAUCUUGGAGAGCUUGUGGUACGGUGUUCCUAUCGUUACAUUGCCUAUAUAUGCUGAACAGCAGCUUAAUGCAUUUAGGAUGGUGAAGGAAUUGGGACUGUCAGUGGAGCUGAAACUGGAUUACAGGGUAGGUGGUGAUCUUGUGACGGCAGAUGAGAUAGCAAAAUCUGUAAUAUGUGUUAUGCAAAGUGAUAGUGAGGUGAGGAAGAAGGUGAAAGAAAUGAGCGAGAAAGGCAGGAAGGCUGUGAUGGAUGGUGGAUCUUCUUUCACUUCUAUCACACAACUCAUCCAGGAUAUAACAGGAAACAACUGAUAUGAAUACCGCCUGCCAGUAAGGGUUGAUUUCCAUUGUAGUUGAAGAAAUUGUGUGCGAAAAAUAAGGUCUUCCUGGAUGUAUAACGUUAACAAUGUUUUCCAUAUAUAAGCCUUUCAUUUUGCUGUCU